UCUGGCAGCUGGACGAGUCGGUCACUUGUGGGGUGUGGCGAGGGUUGUUCGGGCAAGGAAGGCGGCUGGCUAGAGUGGGGUUUCCUGGAGCGUGGGCCCGCGCGGCACAGUAUCUGCCCAGGGCAGAGCUGCGCCCUGGAGAGAAGGAGCCGCCCGGCCCGCUCACUGCAGCUGUUGUGGAAUUCCGCAACCCCGCCACCUGCGGCCGUCGGGAAGGGGCGCUAAGAGCCCGCAGCGAGCGGAGGGUGAAGCUGCAGCGGCUCCGGAGCAGCCCGACCCCGCAGACCCCUUUCCCACCAGCUCCCGGCCUCUCUCCCGACGAGAGAUGGAGGGUCACAAUGAGAAAUGACAGGGGGGCGCUGCUUGCAGCCGCGUCCGCGCUGGGGCCGCCAGGAGGGACAGGGACCCUGCUGGGCUGCUGCGAGCCCGGGCGCCGCUCUUCUCUGCGCCUUUCAUGCGCGUGGCUAGCGGGGUGCGGCGCCCCUGCCCCCCGCCCGUGACUUCCGACCCGCCGCGCCGUGCCCGAGAUCCAGAGCUGGUGGUCAUAGGAAAGGGGCUGUCCAAAGGAUCUACAGAUCAUUGUUUCCCAGGGAAGAGUGGAGAUCUUCCAGCAAUUUUUAUGAGAAAUGUGCAGGACGCCAUUGACAAUUUUACCUGUGAAACUGUUUCGUCACUGUCUUCUAGCAGUCCUAUAACACCAACAGACUUGAAUAAUUCUUGGUCUGGAAUACAAAGCUAUACUACUGGCUUGUCCACUGAAAGAAGCUCAAUUUACUCUUGGAGGGAUGAUGAAUUUGACAAAGCUAAUACACAAAGAGUGCAUCAGUCAUUCUGGGAUGUGGAUGAAAUGUUGUUUGAAGGAAAAGUGAGUUCUCAAACCCAGAGUCUGCAGGCAGAAUGUAAAGAAUGGACCAAACGGUCUCUUCAUCUGAGGAUUUUAGGAAAACAGCUCCUUUUUCCUAGAGAUGAAGGCUUUCAGCAUUUUCAGAGCAGAACGACUUGCUCGGUGUACACCAAAUCUUUACUUGGCCUCUGUGAAAGCACUAGCAACACAAAAGAGCUGUGCAUUUCGGGUUCUAAACUAGUUCCAAUAGCAUCCCCAGUACACAAAUCAUUAGACUGUGGUUCCCCAAGGAUUUCUGUUUCUGACUCAUCUGAGUAUUCAUUCCUGGAAGAAGAAAUCUAUGAGGUGGAUGGAAAAAUUGAAGAGUAUCUUGCUUUUGACAACAAGGAGCUUGAUGAUGAGAGUUUGGAACAAAAGAAAGCCCAGCUUGCUCGAAAGAGGAAUAAACGUGGCAUUCCUCCUGUUUCUCCCAAUGCCUGUAUCAAAGAUGCAGUGGCUGCUGAAGUGUUUGAUGGUGUCUGGAGCAAUAUAGUUGAAAUAUUGGAGGAGCUGAUUAGAAAAAACUGGGAAACUGCUAUCACAGAGAAUGAUAAGCAGGUGGAGAAAUUGAAAGCUAUUACAAGUAAAUUGCCACAUCUACUAGUCUCCCGUAUUACAGCAGAUACAGCAAGUGUCCCCCCAUCAAGAGGCUCUGAGGCACGAAGCACAUCUUUUGGUUCGCAUUUUGUUCCAUCUCAGGUUCACCGUUUCUCCAGCAAUUUUUAUAGUGAUUUGAAUGGCGUCAUGACAAUUCAAGCUAAACCACUCCAACAGAGGCAUGCAGGCUUGGCAGACAAGAUACAGAAUGAACAAGAAGACAAACAACAUAGCAUAGGCUCCAGUGUUCUCAACUCAGUGCGGAAUCGGCGGGGGCGAAUUACUGAUAACAGUAUUCUCUCAUCAUCUCGGGUACUGCUGGCAUCUUCUAGGAAAAUGCCAACCCAUCGUAGGCUACCGUCUCUCACUUCAGACCCACUAUGUUCAAAGACUCCUAAUGUGUACAGUGAUGAAGUCCUUAGGGGAACUAAACUGUAUACUGCCUUAGAUCGCUUGUCCUCUCCACUUGUACAUACAGCCCGGAACAAGUUACCACCAAUAAACACAGAGGCUGUUGAACAGUAUCUUUCAGUACCUGGAUCACGGCAAGGCUUUCAUAGAGGGCGAUAUCCUCAUAGUAGAGUGUCAAGCGCAGUACCUGACAGUACAGAGCGACGACCACUUAGAGAACGAACUGUCAUUAUUGAUCAGUUUUCAAGACCCAACACAACUCACACAUUCAGGUCAGACACCCCUCAUAAAAGGUCAUUGACGCCCAUGGAUUUUGCUAACAAUACAUGGACAGGUCAAGGCUUUUUAACAGGCUCACAAAAUUACUCCAAAUCCUUUCAAAGAAAUCCAUCCACUUCCAGGAAGAGAUUUCAAGUAGCCUCUUAAUACAACUUUGAAAGAGAGAGAAAAUCCAUGGCAGUAAAUGGAGGACUAUACUUCUUGGCCUACUAGCUACCGUCACAAAGAAUAAAGAAAGAGUAUUGCAGCAUACUGUGUGCUGCUUCGUCUUCCAGUCCUGGGCAUAUGUGUAUGGCCUUGUUCAAAAAUAGCAUCAGCAGAGACUGGAACAAAAUGAAAGAAAAAGAAAAUAAAACCAAUGGUUUAAAUCUG